AUGGAUUCGAGGUCUACGCAGAGAGAAUCUCAGAGAGAAGUGCGGAGAAGAGGUGCCGCAAGCAGACACGUGAGCGCUCCCGACAUAAGGAUAACUGUGCCAUCUGGAGGGACUAUCAACAGGCAGAGGAGAUUGAGCAAGAGUACGGGAAAAUCCCCUGUUGCUGGACUGCGAAGCGUGUUGAACAGAGACCCAAAAUCCCCCAAGCGAAUUCCUGUACCAGUUCAGUCGUUUAGCCCAUCAUGGGAAAGUCCCCUUAUGACGAGGAAAAGAGUUUCGAAGACGAGGGUUGAGAAACCGAGCUCAAAGAGCCCAGGCAGGGCUAAGAGGAGCAAUAAGUUGGAGAAAAGCAAGAAGCCUGGUUUGGGUUUGAAAGCGGGCGCGAUAAGUUCUCGAACUCAACAGCCACAGCGGAGAGGAAAGACAAAGAGUCAGCUGCUAAAACCUGCCAGAACCCCCAAUGCUAGAGCCCCACGGACCCCACGGACUCCGAAAGCAGUGAAGCAAAAGCCUGUGCGCACUUUUGAGCAAAUGGAAAACAUUGACCGAGACCCGGAGUCUGAACCUGAAGUCGAUUCGGAGUAUCAUUCGGCUGUAGAGUCCCCUGCUCUGGACAUAGACACCAACUCCAUGCAGAUAAAGUACGAAAGGCUAACCAGGACAUCCAAAAUCACGACGGUUGAUGUUUUGAUUGAGAUCAUCAAGGAUUACAUCUCUAGGUUCCAGCAGACUACGAGCCACAGCGUGGUUCAGAAUAGAAUGAUCUCCAGGUUUGAGGAGGACGUCGUUGCGCAUCUGAUGAAGCUAACGGAUUUGAGGCUGACCAAUGAGAGCUUGAACUCUCAGAUUGGCCAGCUCAAUAGACAGAAGAACGAGCUCAGAACGCAGAUAUACGAGGUUCGCGGAAAGCAGUCAGAUAUCGCAAUGGAGUUGAACAAAGAAAGACAGUCAUACCAUUCUAAGAGACAGCAGAGCUUGAUACGAGCCAGAAUAGGAAAAGUGUUGUACGAGAAAGACUUCAAAAUGGAAGAAAUUGGAACGGUGAGGACGAAGCUCAAUGAUCUGGAUACUGUGGUGAAUCCUUCAUGGGGACUUGUGGAGAAAUUGAAGAUUACGAACGACAAAUUGGACAUGCUGAAGCAAAUGAUAGAAUCAUAG